CUUAUUUGCCUGCCUGUCACUGUGCUCUCUGGGAAUGAAUGUGUACGGCUAGCCGGCUGGUAGCCUUGGCAAUGUCACAAUCAGAAUGAUAUCGCAGCGGGACAGAGGAGAACUUGCUCGGUUUUAUACUGUCACAGAUCCCAAAAAGCACCAGAAAGGCUACACUGUGUACAAAGUGACCGCAAGGAUAAUCUCCAGGAGGAACCCAGAGGAUGUCCAAGAGAUAACAGUAUGGAAGAGAUACAGUGAUUUCCGGAAGCUUCAUCAGAACCUCUGGCAGUUACACAAGAAUGUAUGUAGCCAGUCGGAGCUUUUUCCUCCCUUUGCCAGGGCCAAAGUCUUUGGUCGUUUUGAUGACUCAGUAAUUGAGGAAAGAAGACAGUGCUCUGAGGAUCUGCUACAGUUCUCUGCCAAUAUCCCUGCUCUCUAUAGUAGUCAGCACAUCCAAGAUUUCUUCAAGGGAGGUGAGGUCCAUGACGGCUCAGAGCUCAUUGGACCAGCUGAGCCCUUUUCUGACUUCCUGGCAGACAGUUUAUCAGACUGCAGCUCUGAUGUUCAAAGAGACAUCAGUGGUGCAGAUGAUUUGACUAUCACAUCUGAAUAUGGAGGCCCGUCCAGUGACAGCGACCUGACCUCCCUGGCUGUGGACACAGACUCUUUGGCUGGGCUGGAUGAUGGCAUGGCUUCAGGCCGCACCUCCCCAAACCAGCCACAAGGGGGGGCCACCAACAUUAGCAGCAGCUGCAGCCCUCGCUUGCCCUCCCUACACGAACGCCGAACCCCAUCUCCUGCCCCAGCCCCAGCCCCUGCCUCCUCAGCCCCUAACCUAGAGGUCAGCUUGCCGGGCCGAACGCCAUUGCUCUUUUCUGGCAGUCUGAAGAAAGCCCAUGGUGGCAACCCUAAGGACGUGAAAUCAGACUACCUAGACAGAGCCAGUGAGCUCAUCUGUUUGGCUGUACAGAAGGAGAAAGAGCAGGACUUCCAGGCAGCUUUCUCCUGCUAUCGCAGCGGAGUGGACCUGCUGUUGCAAGGAGUGCAAGGUGAGCCCAGUCCCACGCGACGAGAGGCAGUGAAGAAGAAGACUGCAGAGUAUCUGAUGCGUGCAGAACAGAUAUCCAGUCAGCAUCUGAGAAGCAAUAUGGGUCAAGGGUCAACACAGACAGUGGCUUUGGGGGCACAGUGCUGCCCGUCCACCAGCAGAGGAGGCCAGCGUGGUCCAUCUGAGGAGCUGGGAGCUUUCAGGGUGUUGGGGGUCAUAGAUAAGGUUCUUUUGGUCAUGGACAAGAGAACACAAGAGACGUUCAUCCUGAAAGGUCUGAGGAAGAGCAGUGACUGUGGGCGGACUACGAGGACGAUCAUGCCCCACUCUGUGCCCCACAUGGUGCAGUUGCGGAAAUUCAUCGUCUCUGAAGACGCAGUUUUCCUUUUGCUGCAGUAUGCUGAAGGCGGAAAGCUGUGGUCUCACAUAGGAAAGUACCUUCAUAAUUCCAGCCCAGAGGAAAGCUUUGACAUUCCUUUCAUCCAGAAGAGCCACACAGUGGCUGUACACUCUCCACAACAUGCUGUACCACAGCUGGAUGUAGGUUCAGCCAGUUCUGGUUCUGGGCCGGUUGCUUGUUCUGAUUCUCUCUCAGGGCUGCAGAAGGAAGGGGAGAACCUCAUCACGUCUCCUCAGAGAAGUGUUCUCCUUCCCAGGCUUAACGAACAAAUCGGGGCCCAGUCAGACUUCGGAGCCAACUCUGAGGAAGAGUGCACCAACAGUUAUUUGACACUUUGCAAUGAGUAUGAACAAGACAAAGUAGAACCAGAUGCACUAGAAGAGGAGGAAGAGAAGAGUGAACAUGAAAUGCUGGAAGUGCCCAUAGUGACGACCACCACUUCUUCAUAUAGCCGCUCACUGCUUAGCAACGACAGCCUUUCUUCACCUAUCAGCUCUCAGGAACUCGGGUUUUUCACAGAGUCAUCCGACAAAAGUGGCCACACCCUUGACAAUGAGCAAUACCGUGGCGAGGGACCGGACCACAGUGAAGUCUUCAGUCCUUUGCCCUCCCCUGCUGUACCUCUGUCUUUGGAUCAGUCCAAGCACACGCCAAUGGAGUUUUUCCGUAUUGACAGCAAAGACAGUGAGGUGACCUGUCUCGACUUAGGAGAGCAGCGCCCUUCUCAUAAACAGGUCCCCCUCUUUUCUACAUCUGACCUGGGCUUGAAUGUCACUGAGGAUCUUCCAGAGCUGGCUCAGGAGGUCAAGGGCUACAGUUCAGAGCUUUGGGGGUUGGACUGUAGUGAUAAAGGCUCCAAUGAGUCAGUGCCAGUCAUCUCAUUUAAAGAGGCAGUAGUUGAGGAUGAAGGUCACCCACCAGACCUUUUGGUCAACCUGCCUGUAAUGAGUGGGACUGUAGUCUCUUUACAGGAAGAAUUAGAAGCUUCAGGCGUGUGUCUGGGCCUCGAGGCCACAGCCUCUCCUCACAAGUUAAUCCAGCCUGAUGUUUUACAGCUUCACAGCCAGCCUGAGGAAGGGGAGGAGCAGCCACUGGAGCAGGAGCUUUCAUCUCUGUGUACAGCCUCUGCAACUUGUGACACCAGUGUUGCAUCUUCCUCUCCCUUCAACUCACUGUGGGAAGACUGCAGCUUGGCGUUUGGGCAAGAGACCUCUGACAAAAUGGAUGCAUGCCAAGAUAAUGACCUUCCCUUUGACCUUCCAGUUACUGACUCACUUAAUGAGAAACUAGAUGCCAGUACAGGAGUAAAUACUGACUUGGUUCCAGACCCCAGUGGCAAUAGCACAGGAUAUAUCCCAGCCACAAAUGGGACUGAGGCCUGUGCAGUCUUGAGUGAGAGUUUAUCAGGUCUUGAUGGUGAAUCAUCACGAGUUAUUAGUAAUACAGGUGGCAGCGAAUUUGAUACAGAAGUAUCGCGGCUGUUUGCAGAGCUGGACGAGCUGUCGUUGGCUGCAUCCCAAGCUCGUAUCCCUGAGGAAUUUGUACGAUGCCGGGCUGUAGAGAUGGUGACAGCCCUGGAUUCUCUGCACCAAGAGGGCAUCAUCUGUCGAGAUCUAAACCCCAACAACAUCCUGCUCGACCACCAAGGUCAUGUUCAGCUUACCUACUUUUGUAGCUGGAGUGAUGUGGAGGAGUCCUGUGACAAAGAGGCCAUUUCCAAUAUGUACUGUGCACCAGAGGUGGGAGGUAUCAGUGAGGAGACCGCAGCAUGCGAUUGGUGGAGUUUUGGCGCCAUCCUGUUUGAGCUCCUGACAGGCAUGUCUCUGCUGCGGUGCCAUCCAGCAGGAAUCGGUCGUCACACCGCUCUCAACAUCCCCGAGUCUGUUUCAGAGGAGGCCAGAUCUCUGCUGGAGCAGUUGCUCCAGUACAAUCCAAUGGAGAGACUGGGGGCAGGUGUGGGAGGUGUGGAUGAUAUCAAAUCCCACCCUUUCUUUGCCAGAGUGGACUGGCCCAAAUAGAUGCUGUGCACUGUGGGAAACCAGAUUUGCAUCCUGGGAAACUGGCUGUCCUGAAUGAACUCCUUUCAGACUGGAUACGCAAAUAGAUAUACAGUAAAUACAGAAUGCAUGCAUGCAUUUCUGCACACAUCUCCCAUUUUGUGUACGGCCAUUCAGUCCCCAUGUACUUGUCUGAUUUUUUUUUUUUUAUGGAAUUUGCCAAGAAGCAGUAUUACCUUCCUUGUAAAUUACAAUUGCUCUGUUCUUUAUCUCAUAGAAGGUUUACUGUUAAACUUUUUUUAGUGCAGGGAACACUUAACAACAUGUGUGGUGCAAUAAUUUAUACAGUAAGUGCUGCUGAGUGAUCCACUACGACAUUGUUGCUUUUACGCUCCUCAUGCAGUAGCUGUAAGCCAAAAUGACACGACUGAGAGUGAGAGGUGACAUUUUUGUGUUUUCACUGCAUUCAUUAAGUACUGCAUGUUACCCAUUCAAACUGACGCAAACUUAAGUCACCUUUUCUAAAGAAACAUGUGCAAUACACUCUGACAGACUUUGUUGCCACCUAUAACACUUAUAUCAUUCCUCACAGAGCCUAUUGAGAUUAGCUGCGAAUGAGACAGGUUGAUCUUUUUAUUUAAUGAGGGGGUUGUGUUGCUCUGAUCUCGGAAUAGAUAUGAUAUCUAAUUUCCUACAGCAUUGUCAAUUUAUUUUUUUUUUUUUGCCAACGCAUUUUACUGCCAACCAGCCUGUGUACAGUAACAGAGAUGGACACUAUGCAAGGUGAAUGAACAAAAUGUGUUGAGGUAGGAGGAGAUGGGUUUUGUUGUUUAAUGAAAAAUUUAGUUACAUUAAGAUUGAAUUAUUUAAUAGAUUAUAGCUGGAAAAGGGGCCAGUUUAACAGACAGCGUAAGUCUUCUCCCUGCAUGGACAGUGAGUGUGCUUCAUUCAAGAAAUAAAGAAGGAUGAGGCAUGAACCACACAUUUGAAACCAGCCCUUUUACAGAUUGUUGUUGUUUUUAUGAAUAUCAGCGUAAACUCUUUACAACACUGCAUUUUCCGCAUGUAAGAAUAUGAUUUAUGUAAUAUAUUUAAUACAAUGAAAAAUCUAUCGAAUAAUAAAUGUGUGUUUUGUAAAUACACCUUUUAAAGGAUGCUGUGUUGAGUGAAAGUUACAACUAGGUCUCGAAGCCUUGAUUAUGUCCAACUUGUCAAUCACUUACUGCCUCAUCAUUCAAAUCCUUUUUAUUUGAUUGUUUGUGUUGUAUUUUUGAGCAACACAUCUGCUAACUUACCACACAGAUCUUAUUGCUGAUUUUAUUAUAUCUAUAAUGACUGAAUUAUAUGGUAAACAUUUCCAUGGAUACAUUACACUCCAUAUAUCACUUAUAAUUCGUAUAAUUGGAUGAGACUUUUGAGAAUUAUUGGUGCGUAUAUCAAACGCUUAAUACAUUUACACAGAUAAUCACUCCACUGUAGAUGCUGCACUCUGUUUUACUCCACUGCACUGCAGAUUAAAACAUGUUAACUGACAGAUACCGUAAAUUACCAUGUUCAUAUUCCACCUAUUAACCAUUUUUAUCAGACAUAAACAUCAAAGUAAGAUUAGAUUUCUUUUUUCCAUUUUCUAUUGAAUGCUCACUCUUUUCUGUGCUGUAUGUCUAUACUGGUCUCUCAGUGUACUCUGGCUAACAAUAAACAUACCUGGAUCAGUA